CCGCCCGCGCCUCGCUGUCCGCGCCGCGCCUCGGGCGUCCAGAGCGCGCCCAUCGCACAGCAGCGAGCGCCGCCCGCAGCAGCCCAGCCCCAGCCUUCUCCUCCGCCGCCGCCGCCGGACACGCAGCCGCAGGCCGGGGCCGGGACGCAGCUGGGGAGUCAGGGACGCGCGCAGCCAGCCCUUCCCCCUCCGGCUCCCGCACCGCCGGCCGCCUCCCCUCGCCCUCCUCCUCCCUCCCUGCUCCUUCGCUUCUCCUCCUCCUCCUGCACGGCCCGGCUGCCAGCACCAUGUCCGCAGGGGGAGAUUUUGGGAACCCACUGAGAAAAUUCAAGUUGGUGUUCCUGGGGGAGCAGAGCGUCGGGAAGACGUCUCUGAUCACGCGGUUCAUGUAUGACAGCUUCGACAACACAUACCAGGCAACCAUUGGGAUUGACUUCUUGUCAAAAACCAUGUACUUGGAAGAUCGUACGGUGCGGCUGCAGCUCUGGGACACAGCCGGCCAGGAGAGGUUUCGCAGCCUGAUUCCCAGCUACAUCCGGGAUUCCACCGUGGCUGUGGUGGUGUACGACAUCACAAAUCUCAACUCCUUCCAGCAGACCUCUAAGUGGAUCGAUGACGUCAGGACAGAGAGGGGCAGCGAUGUCAUCAUCAUGCUGGUGGGCAACAAGACGGACCUGGCUGACAAGAGGCAGAUAACCAUCGAGGAGGGGGAGCAGCGCGCCAAAGAACUGAGUGUCAUGUUCAUUGAGACCAGCGCCAAGACCGGCUACAACGUGAAGCAGCUCUUUCGACGUGUGGCAUCAGCUCUGCCUGGAAUGGAGAAUGUCCAGGAGAAAAGCAAAGAAGGGAUGAUUGACAUCAAGCUGGACAAACCCCAGGAGCCCCCAGCCAGUGAGGGCGGCUGCUCCUGCUAAUGCAGCCUGACCUGCCGGCUUCCUUUGACACUACUCGCUUGUUGUGUUGCUUCCUAUUGGUUAGCUUCCUAAGGGGGGUGGGAGAUGAGCUUAUCAAGAUGGGAGGAUUUUUCUUUUCUCUCUGUCUCUAGGAGUAGGGUGGGGUGGGGAGGGAGGCUGGGCAUCAGGGAUCACGUCACUCUUAACAGCUGUUACUUAAACAACUAUUUUUUGGUUUGGUUGUAAUAUAUUGUACUUUAUUAAGAUUGCCAAAAACUGUUAAAAUUUAAAAAAAAAAUUUAAAUCAUGUGUAUACAACUUUUUGCCAGAUAAAAAUGUAGUCAUUCUUAUUUAAAAGAUGUGCUUUUUGUUUUUGUAUAUUUGUAAACUUACAGAGAACCUUUUCCACACACCUCCUCCUUCCUGCCCUCUUUGAAUGGUCAUCACCUCUGCCCUCCUUCCACCCUAGCCCGAUAAAUUACAAUUAAUGGGGCAACUUAAUUAGGCUCCAGUCCCAAGCCCCACCCACCAAACAGGCCCUACCUGGUUAAAUCAAACACUGAACAAAAUAGCCUCUGAAGAGGCAACUUUUAACUCUGUCCUCCUUCCGUGGCCAGAGUGGGACAUCAGCCAUGGCCCUGAGCUGAAAUUAAGGCCUUGUGGAUGGCAGGGAGCCCAGCCAGAGGCCUCACUGGAAUUACUCCUGCCUCCCCGCCUCCCCUCCCUGACAAGCCUUGAAGGCAUGGAGGGCACUUGCCUUGCAUCCUGUGCCCUCUGUGGCCCACUCAGUGACUGGCAGAGCAAAAGGUCAUCGGAAGGAAGGAUGGGGUGCUGGUGGCAACUGUGGGCUUGUACAGGUCUAUCUGUGGUUCAUAGCCUUGGGGCACCAUGUGUGGUUCUGAAAAUGUUCUAACCAACCUUCCCAGUAGUCAGCACCCGUGUCUGGGUUGAGUCUAAGGAAAUAGCAAAGAGAAAUUCAGUGUGUAUUGCUCUGAAGCCCUCGGCCUUGCACGCCAGUGAAGCUUGAGCCUGAAUCGCAUGGUGUGUGUCUGUGACUGGGGAAGGGGGUGUUGAUUCCGGUACCACAACCUUGAAGAUGCAUGUUCAGAUUCUCGGUUGCUAAUACUAUUGAGCACUGUUCUGGAAAAGCUGACUUGCCCCACUGGCAUCGAGCAGUUGUAGUCAUUGUGCACGUACCUGAGGAUAUUGCAGCCGCGCUCUGGCUGCCUGGGGGUGCUGCUGAUGUGGGGUUUCCAGAAGGCUGCCCAGAGAGCUAUCCUUGCCAUUUCGACUCAUUUCUGAGAAGGGCUUAGUCCUGAGGGCCUAUAAAAUCUCUGAAGAGAAUUCUAAGGGAAUGCAACCCAUUUGGUCAGCAUUCCAAAUAGAUCCAGAUUUACUGAACCUGACCCUGCGUAGAGCCAGGCCAUAGGCACCAACUCUGGCCGAAACCCAUAAACCCUGCCCACCCAAGCUGGCAUGGCCUCUGCCUCCAGGCUGCUGUUGGGCAUUUCCUAGGUGAGCUAAACGACCAUCUGGGAGUGGGAGGGGGGGAAUUCCUCCACAAAACAGGACUCUAACAAGUUAUUGCAGUGAAUUUUGGAACUUCUCAGAAACUAAUCCAAAAUGGCAGCCAAUAAGUGGACAGGACUCACUGGUAUUUGUCCAGUGGGCCUGUCACACACUCUCAGCUUAAGGAGAUUGUGUAUGUCGGAGCUGAUCUUUAGAGAGGAAUUUAUCUUCAGGUGAAGAAGAGAAGUAGGAUUCUCACUGAGCUCCUCUUCCAGAAGGCAAAGACUGAUGUAUGAACGUAAUUCCAGUGUCAUGUGUUUAGUUUUUAUAUGUGUGUACAUAAUUAUAUAUAGAGAUAGACUUGUGUAUACACCUUCCACACACAUUCUCACAGAGAUACAUGUGCUCAGUGUAUAUUCUUGUUUUUCCUGCUCUCAAGUUGGAACUUGCAUUGUGAUAAGUUUUGGAAAUUCAAAAGUACUGCAACGUGUUGAAAUAAGAAAUACUUAAUAUUGUCAAAAAACUUGUGAUUGUCUUGCCAUCAAUAAACUAAUGCAUAGAUGUGUUCAACUACAGGCAAAAA